AUGGCUUCUAACCAUUUUGCGGUUGAGAAUCCGCCCUCGGAUGUGAUAUCAGCAGUUCAAUUCUCUCCAGAGCCAGACUCGACACGCUUUGUGGUAUCAUCAUGGGACAAGAAUGUAUACCUGUAUGAUCUUAGAGACGAGAAUGGCACAAUUGGCGAGGGGAAACUCAUACAAAAGUUUGAACAUCGCGCACCGGUGCUAGAUGUCUGUUUCGGUCAGAAUGAGGAUGAACUAUACACCGGCGGACUGGAUUGGGAUGUUAGAAAGAUCGAUGUACGAACUUCUACUCAGACGGUGUUAAGCUCCCACAGCCAAGGCGUAAAGUCCGUGGUAUACAGUAAAGAGCACGGUUUGAUCGUCUCUGCAUCGUGGGAUGUGAGCCUACAUAUACAUAAAGCCGAUGGGAGCGUCGCGCCUGCCACGAUCCCUUUACCAUCGAAGCCAUUCUCUCUGUCCAUCACACCCACCAAACUCGUCGUCGCCAUGGCCUCGAGAACGCUGCACAUCUACGACCUCAAAUCACUAGCUAUGUUUUUAGAACAGUCCGGUAGCCAGCCUCCAGCUCACACACUUGAGCUAGAGCCAUGGCAGCGUCGGGAGAGUAGUCUCAAGUUUAUGACCCGGGCGGUAGCCUGCAUGCCCGAUGACGCUGGCUACGCAUCAUCGAGUAUAGAAGGACGCGUAGCAGUGGAAUGGUUCGACCCCUCCGAAGCAUCUCAAGACCGAAAGUAUGCAUUUAAAUGCCAUCGACAGAACGUGGACGGCGUGGACGUUGUCUACCCUGUCAACGCCCUUGCAUUUCAUCCUAUAUUCGGCACUUUUGCUUCCGGAGGUGGUGACGGAGUUGUUGCAUUUUGGGAUGGCAUCGCAAAGAGGAGGAUACGACAGUAUCCCAAAUACCCUUCUAGCGUGGCUGCGUUGGCAUUUAGCUCUAACGGGAAAUAUCUUUUGGUUGGUAUCAGCCCUGGAUUCGAGGACGAGAAGGACAACGUCCCUGAAGGCACAGUCAAGGUCAUGAUUAGAGAACUGGGCGAGACGGAGGCAAAGGGGAAAGGGACUAAGUAG